AUGAAGAAAUCGAUUCUUGCAUUGCUUGUGUUGGUUUCCUUUAUCAUUGUGGCGGAUGCUGCUAAUCGUACAGGCUUCAUAAGUAUAGAUUGUGGAGCAAAGAGAGAUUAUGUUGAUGAAUUAACAGGGAUUUGGUCCAAGGACGAUGUUUAUGACCGUUUGUGGCAUACAUAUAUAAAGAAUAGUCAGUGGAAUGUCUUAGAAACAGAUGGACAAGUAAAAGUCGAAAAUUCCAAUUAUGAGCUUCCAUCAGAAAUAUUAGUCACAGCAUGUCAAGCCCCGAAUAAUUCCAAUCUCUUAUCUGAGAGUUGGAGUCUUGAUGUAGCAGAACAAUUUUAUCUGUUUCUUCACUUUGCUGAAAUUCAAAAGCUUCCUUCUGGCCAAAAGAGGAUUAUCAAUGUCACUUUUAAUUAUGAAAAUUCCCUCUACGAAGAACUUACCCUUGAAUAUUUGAAACCCGUCACCCUAAAUUCCAACAUCACUACAAAUAACGUUAGAUUCAGAAUUAGGGCAACAGAUGAUUCUUAUGCCCCUCCUAUCCUCAAUGCCUUUGAGAUUUUUAAAGUCUUCCCCCACACCAAAUUCCCCAACGGACCCACAAGACGGCACUUGGGGUCAAGCAAACUCAAAGGACAAAUAUCUGAAUCCUUCGCGCGUUUGAAAAAUUUGGAGUGCUUUGAUGUGACGGGAAACAAACUCACGGGUUCAAUUCCCAAGGCUUUUAGUGAAAAUGCUAAUUUAAGGCUCAGUGUAGCCAACAAUGCAGGUCUCUAUCAGUUGGAUUCAUGCAACAAAGAACGCACGUUUGUUAUUCCUCUUGUUACAUCAAUUACAGUCUUUACCCUAAUUGCCGUUCUUUCUUUGGUGGUUUGGAGACUGAGAAAGAGAAGACAAGAUUCGUCCACAAAUAAAUACUUGAAGAUGGAGAUUCCAAAACGAAAGAAUCGAGAAUUCUCUCACUCACAAGUUCUGCGGAUCACCAACAAUUUCAAAACUCUUAUUGGAGAAGGAGGAUUCGGGAAAGUUUACCUUGGGACUCUAGAAGAUAAUUCUCAAGUUGCAGUAAAAUUACUUUCAGAAUCAUCAAAGCAAGGAUAUAAGGAGUUUCAAUCAGAGGCUCAGCUCUUGACAGUUAUUCAUCAUAGAAACUUGGUUUCACUUGUUGGGUAUUGCCAUGGAAACAAUAUCAUGGCCUUGAUUUAUGAAUAUGUGGAUAAUGGGGACCUCGGCCAAUUAUUAUCAGAGAAAAACUCAAAUAUUUUGGGGUGGAAACAGAGACUUGAAGUAGCAAUUGACGCAGCGAAAGGAUUGGAAUACCUUCACACUGGUUGUAAUACUCCUAUAAUCCACCGAGACUUGAAACCAUCCAACAUUUUAUUGAAUAAAUCCAUGGUAGCUAAGAUUGCUGAUUUUGGACUGUCUAGAGUAUUUACAAAUGAAAAAGAUACUCAUCUAUCAACUCAACCAGCCGGUACUCCUGGUUACAUCGAUCCUGAAUUUCAAAGAUCAGGAAAACUAAAUAAGAAAACUGAUAUUUAUAGUUUUGGAAUGAUUCUUCUUCAACUAAUAACGGGUCGUCCCCCAAUAAAGAGAGGACCUGAGGAUAUCAGUUUCAUUAUUGAUUGGAUUCAACCGAAAAUUGAAAGUGGGGAUAUUGAAGGCAUUGUUGAUCCAAGAUUAGCUGCAGAAUUCAGUCUUAACUCAACAUGGAAAGCUGUUGAAGUAGCAAUGUCAUGCGUGUUACCACCACCAACCCAAAGGCCAACCAUAAGUUACAUAUUGCGAGAACUACAAGAAUGUCUAGCUUUGGAGAUGGGAAUACAUGACAUGAUGCCAAGAAAUUCAUGUGAUUAUAGUGGCAAUAUUCGAUUCCAUCGCUAUGUGUUCAAGGAAGACGAAGACUUGUCAAUUGCCAUUGGCAAGAGUUCGAAGAAGGAAGAUGGAGAUCUGAACACAGAUAUGAGUCUCCGUCGUAGCAUCCUCAAUUUUGCCUCUUUCCACCUUCAUUACCGUCGCAAGAGGAUAGUCGAUAUGUAA